ACACGUUAUCUUAGUGCGAGUGAGAUAACAGACCGGCCUCGAGAAAUAAAUCCAGUACGUUUCGGAGUCCGCUCAGCGCAGGCGCGGCCGUAUUCAUCGCGUAUUGCAAAUAAUAAAAGAAAAACAACAAUGUUCCCAUUACGCCGCGUUGGCAGCAAGAUUCUGGAGCAAUGGCGGGCUCCAGUCGUUGCAGCGAAAGUGCAGAGGAAUUACAGCUCCGAAGCGCCACGACCUUUGUCCGUUUUGACAGAAGAGGAAUUGACUAUGAAAGACACAAUCAGAAAACUGGCGACAGAACAGAUUGCUCCUCUGGUCAAGAAAAUGGAAGAUGAACACCGCAUUGAUGACAGCAUCAGACAACUGCUUUUCGAUAAUGGCCUUAUGGGUAUCGAAACCCCCACCGAAUACAGCGGAUCCGGCUGCGGUUUCCUCACCAUGAUGUUGGUAGUCGAAGAGUUAUCCAGGGUAGACCCAGCUGUGGCUGCCUACGUGGACAUCCACAAUACCCUGGUGAACUCACUCUUCAUGAAACUCGGUACUGAAGAACAGAAACAGAAGUACUUGACCAAACUUUGCACGGAAUACGCCGGCAGUUUCUGCCUAACAGAACCCAGUUCAGGAUCAGAUGCCUUCGCCCUGAAGACCGUUGCCAAGAAGGAUGGUGACCACUACGUCAUCAGCGGCUCCAAGAUGUGGAUCUCGAACUCCGAUGUCGCUGGCGUCUUCCUUGUUAUGGCUAACGCUGAUCCUUCUAAGGGCUACAAAGGCAUCACCUGCUUCAUCGUAGAGCGUGAGGCUCCCGGUCUGUCCGUCGCUAAGCCGGAGAACAAGCUCGGAAUCAAGGCGUCCGGCACCUGCAUGGUACACUUCGACAAUGUCAGGGUGCACGAGAGCAAUAUCCUUGGAGAAUAUGGAAAAGGUUACAAGUACGCAGCUGGUUUCCUGAACGAGGGCCGCAUUGGUAUAGCUUCACAGAUGAUCGGUCUGUGCCAGGGAUGCAUGGACGCUACCAUCCCUUACACGCUCGAGAGGAAACAGUUCGGAAAGAAUAUCUACUCUUUCCAGGGUAUCAGUUACCAGAUCGCUCACUUGCAAACUCAGUUGGAAGCCGCCCGUCUGCUCACGUACAACGCUGCCAGGCUUAAGGAGAACGGCAUGGACUUUGUUAAGGAAGCUGCUAUGGCUAAAUAUUAUGCUUCAGAAAUCGCCCAGAAGCUGACCUCCAAAUGCAUAGAUUUCAUGGGAGGAGUAGGUUUCACCAGAGAUUUCCCUCAAGAGAAGUUCUUCCGUGAUGCCAAGAUCGGUACCAUCUACGAGGGAACCAGCAACAUGCAGCUGCAAACUAUUGCCAAGCUCAUAGAGAAACAAUACACCCAAUAGAGAUUAUAAAAAGAAAUUAUUAUUUUUAGGUCUCAAGUGACAUAAAUUGUACAUAGCGAGAACUGUGUUGUUAAAAAGCACCAAUUACCCAUUUUAAGCCUU